UGCUUUGUUCCUUGAUUUUUUUAAUCCCCUGCCUUUGCUUUUCUUUGGCUUGCUAGUGUGAGAUUGACUGACUGUUUUAUCCGGGUUGUGUUUUCCAGUGACGGACGAUUGACAGGUUACUGAGUUAGCAGCAUAGUACACGGCGAGAGACUUAUACACUACGGAGAUGCCGCUCAAAUCACGCUGGCAGUUUGAUAUCCCGAAUACGGAUUUGGCGUCGGCGUUGCUUACGUCGCCUACGCAUCCUCUGUCCAAGACGCAUCGGUGUUUCUCGGAGGCGGCACGCCCUGAUACACACUACCUGACGACACACGACUUCCGACUAUGGUGUCAACGGUUUGCAGCGGGGUUGCUCAAGAGUGGGCUGCAGACGGGCGAUCGCGUGCUGCUGUUCUCCGGCAAUGACAUAUUCUUCCCCGUUGUGUUCCUCGGAACCACCAUGGCCGGUGGCAUUUUCUCCGGCGCGAAUCCCACCUAUGUUGCCAGGGAGCUGGCGUAUCAGUUGCAAGAUUCUGGCGCAAAAUAUCUGAUCUGCGCGGAGGCGAGUCUGGACAUGGGAAUUGAAGCAGCGAGGCUGGCUGGGGUAGGCCAAGAUCGCGUAUUUGUCUUCAACAAUGCCGUGUUCGAUGGCCAAGGACAAGGCGUGAAGGGCUACCGCUAUUGGGGCGAGCUGAUCGCGUCCGUUGACGAGGGCAGCCAGUUCAUUUGGGAAAACCUGUCCACUCCGGAGAUGGCCGAUCGUACCCUCGCCUUGAACUAUUCCAGUGGCACGACCGGGAAACCCAAGGGAGUGGAGAUCACGCAUAAGAACUAUGUCGCCAAUAUGAUGCAGUACAACCAUCUCUUCUACCUCCACCCGAACUUUAGGGAAAAGCAAGGCCGCACACGCUGGCUCUGCUUCCUUCCAAUGUACCACGCCAUGGCGCAAGCUAUCUUCAUCGCGGCUGCCCUACAGCGGGGCGUGCCCGUUUACAUCAUGCCCAAAUUCGACUUUCUCAAGGUGCUCGAAUACACGGGGAAGUACCGCAUCAGCGACCUCAUCGUGGUCCCACCAGUGGCGGUUGCAUUGGCCAAGCAUCCUGCAGUCCGGAGCGGCAAAUAUGACCUGAGCAGCGUGGAGGGUGUGUUCAGCGGCGCCGCGCCGCUAGGGAGAGAAGUCUGCGUGGAGAUCGAGGCAUUGUGGGAGCCCGGACGCAUCAAUGUCAAACAAGGAUGGGGCAUGACUGAAACUACGUGCUCACUUUUGGGCUGGGACCCCAAUCUGAGAUCAGAUUCGGCAUCAGUUGGAGAGCUGAAUGCCAAUUGUGAGGCGAAGAUAAUGGCUGAAGAUGGCGUGACGGAGUUGGGACGUAACCAGCGCGGCGAACUCUGGGUCCGAGGCCACAAUAUCAUGAAGGGCUACUGGCGAAACCCGCAAGCAACGAGGGAGACCAAGACGGAGGAUGGAUGGUUGAAGACAGGAGACAUCGCCUUCAUCGACGACAGCGGCAAAUUCCAUGUAGUUGACCGGAGAAAGGAGUUAAUCAAAGUCAAAGGCAACCAAGUCGCACCGGCCGAGCUAGAAGCUCUUCUGUUGGAGCAUCCCGGGGUGGCCGACGUUGCAGUAAUUGGCGUCCCCAGGAAUGACGACGAGUGUCCGCGGGCAUAUGUUGUACUAAAACCCGGACAAACCGCCACCGAGAAGGACAUUGUGGGCUUCAUGGACGGAAAAGUGUCCGCAACCAAGCGAAUUACCGGGGGUGUAAUCUUCGUCGAUGCGAUCCCGAAAAACCCCUCGGGAAAGAUCUUGCGAAAGUCCCUCCGCGAACGAGCUAAGGAGGAGAUGCGGAAGGACACUAUCGCCGCUAGACUGUAGACUGGGCUGGACCAUCAAGUUCAUAUUGCACUUGCCCGAAUCCAGUUCGCCGUCUAAUCACCUUUUCCCACGUAGGUACGUGGCGUCCCCAUUGGUGGCCAUCGAGGAGCGCCAAACCGAGAGAGGGGGGAGGGAGUUUCCAGAUUUGUACAUCGCCAUUAGUGGGGUACAGUGCAGCGUAGUAUUUGAAAUAAUAUAUAGAUAUGGGGCUUCAAUAUUAGAUCGCCGGCGUGCGUUGGGGGAGAACCCGGUACUUGGGUCGUAGAUAGGCUUG